CCAGCCUUAGCGAAGUGGUUACGGCUGAUUUUUUGGACCAUGCAUGCACAUUACCCCAUCUAUAUAUACCCAUGCCAAGAAAACAAACGCUCAAAAGAAAAGUGAAAAAGCAUGGAAGGCGCACUAUUUUACUUGUUCCUUUCCCUUUUUUUCUUCCUAGCUUUAAAAUUCUACCAAUCAAGAAUCCGACGUAAAAAUCUCCCUCCAAGCCCACCGGCGAUUCCAAUUAUCGGCCACCUCAACCUCCUAAAACCGCCCAUGCACCGCACUCUCCACAGUCUAGCUCAAAAAUAUGGCUCAAUCAUCUUCCUCCGAUUCGGCUGUCGUCCCGUAGUUGUUGUCUCCUCUUCCUCCGCCGCAGAAGAAUGCUUCACCAAGAACGACAUAGUUUUUGCUAAUCGUCCAAAGCUACUCGUGGGCAAGUACAUAGCUUAUAACUACACUACCUUAGUGCAAGCACCGUAUGGCGACCACUGGCGCAACCUCCGCCGCAUUGGCGCUAUUGAAAUCUUCUCAACUCAUCGCCUUAACAUGCUUCUAAGCAUUCGAAGAGAUGAAAUCAAAAGACAAUUAACUAAGCUAUCUCAUCAUUCGAUGCAAGAUUAUGCAAAGGUAGAGCUAAAAUCAGUGUUUAACGAGCUAACGUUUAAUAUUAUGAUUAGAAUGGUUGCAGGGAAGAGCUAUUAUGGUGAUGAUGUAAGUAAUGAGGAAGAAGCAAGAAAGUUCAGGGAGAUAAUGAAGGAGGCAGUGCGUUAUGGAGGGGUAUCAAAUCCUGGGGAUUUCAUGCCAAUCUUGAAUUGGAUUGAUGGUGGUUAUUUUAAGAAGAAGGUGAUAAGUCUUGCAGAAAAGACAGAUAAAUUCUUCCAGGGUUUGAUCGAUGAGCAUAGAAAUAAUAAGGAGCAUUCAGGUUUAGAGAGGAAGAAUACCAUGAUUGAUCACCUUCUUUCUUUGCAAGAGUCACAGCCCGAUUAUUAUACUGAUGAGAUUAUCAAAGGGCUCAUUCAGAUCAUGCUGUUUGCUGGAACAGACACAUCUGCAGUGACAUUAGAAUGGGCAAUGUCCAAUCUACUCAACCAUCCAAGCAUACUGAGGAAGGCUAGAGAUGAAAUAGAAAAUCAGGUUGGGCAAGAAUGUUUGGUAGAUGAACCUCAUCUUUCCAAGUUACCCUGCCUUCAAAACAUUAUCUUCGAGACCCUUAGGCUCUACCCAGCAGCUCCACUCUUAGUUCCCCACAUGUCAUCUGAUGAUUGUACUCUUGGAGGAUACGACGUGCCGCGUGGCACCUUGCUAUUAGUCAAUGCGUGGACUAUACAUAGAGAUCCUACAAUUUGGGAUGAUCCUACGAGUUUCAAACCUGAGAGAUUUGAUGGAGGGGAAGGAGAGGGUCACAAACUCAUGCCAUUCGGUUUGGGAAGAAGGUCCUGUCCUGGGUCUGGUUUAGCUCAACGUGUAAUGGGGUUGACCUUAGGGUCCCUCAUCCAAUGCUUUGAAUGGGAAAGGGUGAGUGACAAGGAGAUUGAUAUGAUGGAAGGUAAAGGGAUUACUAUGCCCAAGGCUGUACCACUAGAGGCCAUGUGCAAAGCACGCCCAAUCAUGAAGAAGAUUCUGCUGCCUCAGGCUCAGCCAGUUUAGAUUAGUAUCCCUGAGCUAACGUUGUUUCUGUAAAGCCACAAUUUAGCAGUUUUAUUAUCUUGUCCAGUUAUGAUAAGUGCAAAAAAUAAUUUGUACAAUAAAUAUCAUUAUUAAUAUUAUUUUAAUAAGUCUUUUUAUAUAA